UAAUUUCCAACUUCUAUUUCUCACACUCACACAAAAUGUCAACAGUGCAUGAGGAAGUUGAUGCAAAGUUGAAGGGUGAAGCUCACAUAUGGGAAGUGAUGCUUGCUUUUGCGGGCUCCAUGGCUCUCAAAUCCGCUGUGGAGCUCCGCAUCGCCGACAUCAUACACUCCCACGGCCGUCCAAUCAGCUUGCGCCAAAUCGCCUCCGCCAUCGACCCUCCCGCCGCCGAGAUCACCAACCUUUCCCGCAUCAUGACACUUCUUGUCCGCAAGUCCAUCUUCACCGCCAGUCCUUCUCCGCCGUCAGACGGCGACCCAUCGUCAGACACCCUCUACGGCCUCACCCCUUCCUCCCGGUGGCUCCUCCGCGACACCGAGAUGACCCUGGCGCCGAUGGUGCUGCUGGAGAAUCAUCCCCUGCUGCUGUCCCCCUGGCAUCAGCUCUCCAACUGCGUCACCGACGGCGGGACCGCCUUCAAGAAGGCUCACGGCAGCGAGAUUUGGGAGUUCGCCGGCGCAAAUCCGGAGUUUAACGCCAUGUUCAACGGUGCGAUGGCGUGUACAGCUAGGAUCACGCUGAAUGCCAUCCUGGCGGGGUACAAGGACGGGCUUGCUGACAUGGGAUCCCUCGUGGACGUGGGAGGCGGGACUGGAUCAGCCAUUGCUGAGGUGGUGAAAGCGUGUCCACAUAUCCAGGGUAUUAACUUUGACUUGCCACAUGUCAUCGCCACGGCGCCCUCAUUCCCCGGAGUGUCCCAUGUCGGCGGUGACAUGUUUGAAUGCAUACCUAAUGCUGAUGCGGUUUUCAUGAAGUGGAUAAUGCAUGAUUGGGGGGAUGAAGAUUGCAUUAAAAUCUUGAAAAAUUGUCGAAAAGCAAUACCAGUGAAAAAUGGUAAGGUGAUACUUAUUGAUGUUGUUUUACAACCGCAUGGUAAAGAUUUGUUUGAUGAGACGAGGUUAGCGUUUGAUUUAAUCAUGCUUGCACACUGCUCCGGAGGAAAGGAAAGAACAGAGUUGGAAUGGAAGAAUGUGUUACGUGAAGGAGGAUUUCCAUGCUACAAAAUCAUUAAGAUUCCAGCAUUACUAUCUAUUAUCGAGGCAUAUCCAGAAUAAAUUAUAAAUAUUGAGGUUGUUAUGACAAUAUCUUUAGCUUUUUGUUAAUUUGCAUUUAAACCAAAUUGUUAUUGCGAGGUAUGUAAUAUUAUGGAAUUUGAAGAAUGAUUUGUCCUCUAAGACUUGAUGACAAUAAGGACUCAUUUGCCUUCAAUAUCAUUAUCAUAAAAACCCUCAUAAUGCUUGCUAGUUAAGUGGAGAAUAAUUAUAUGUUUAUUUCCUGCUUGUAAUCACGGUAUUCCUCCGCCAUAAGUGAGAGUUAUCAAUAAAAUUGAGGUUUAGUUAAAAAAA